UCAGAGCGGGCGAUCCCACUGUGACUUUUAUUUCUAAGUCCCGGAAUCCGGAGCUGGACUGAUCGUUAUCACGCAUGGAUUAUGGUUUUAUCGCCGCUUUUGAUUUGUUUUUGCUUUAAAGGAAACUUUAUCAGCACCUCUUUGCAGGUGGGUUGCUUUUCAGCAUCUGAGCCAUGAAUUAUUACUUGAUAAGAUGGGUUGCUUUCAUUUGGAUUGUGAACUCUAUUCCUUGGGUUUUUGGAAUGGUCGUGAGCGAACAAGCAGAUGGCUCGUGUCCCUCUUUAAAUGUGGAGGAUUACAGGUUUUCUGACAUUUUAGAUCGUCCUUUACAUAUCACAGGGUAUGAUCUCACAGAAAAAUUUCUUCUCCGAAGUGGAACAGUUACAGAAGACCUGCCAUCAUUUCGACUGGGAAGCAGCCCUCUUAUUAAGCAAACAAAACUGAUAUUUCCAGACGGACUUUCAAGUGAGUAUUCCUUGGUCUCCAUCUUCCGUGUGAGACGAACUACAAAAAAAGACCGCUGGUACCUUUGGCAAAUACUUGGCCAAUCAGGAAGCAGUCAGGUGUCUGUGGUGGUUGAUGGUGAAAAGAAAGCAGUGGAGUUUUCUUUCCAGGGCCUACUGAAAAACUCUCUGCGCUACACAUUUAAGAGUCAUGACCUGCACCCCCUCUUUGAUCGCCAAUGGCACAAGCUCAGCAUUUCUGUUUGGAGCAACAGAGUCUCCAUUUAUGUGGACUGCAAGCUGGCUGAAACGAAAACGACCGAUGAGAGGGACAACAUCAAUCUCAGUGGGCACACACUUAUCAGUACACGAGUGGAAGAUGGAAGGCCUGUGGAUAUAGAGAUGAGACAAAUUCUGAUCUACUGUGACCCUUAUAUUGCUGAGAUGGAAAAUUGCUGUGAGCUGCUUGAGCCAAAGUGUAGAGUCAAGAGGACACUUAUUGGGACCUCCCCUACCCCGGUUACAGCCCAGAGUGCCCUGAUGCUGUCUCAGCCGACCUCACAGUCGAUUGACAGAUGUCACUGUCUAACUGAAAAGGAUGGUCUUCCAGGCAUGCUUGGGCUGUUUGAAGAAAAUGGAGAAAAAGUACACAAGGGGGAACUUGGAUCAGAAGGGCGAAAGGCAAUCGAUGGACAGAAGGGGGAUGACGGCCUAACUGAAAACCCAGGGCUGCCUGUCCUUCAAGGAGAUAAAGGAGAAAAGGGAUCAGCUGGAGUGCCGGGUCAGCCAGGCAAAGAGGGCAAAAGGGGACGUAGAGGAAAGCCUGGGGAGCCUGGACCAAGAGGACCACCUGGUCCUUCAGGAUACAUAGAAGGAGCAAGUGUCAAGGGGGAGAAGGGGGAGUCUGGUGUCUCCGGGGAAAAGGGAGAGAGAGGAGAUCCCGGUCAGCCAGGUGCCGAGGGGACCGGCGGUGAAAAAGGACAAAAAGGUGAUGUUGGCCCUCCUGGUCCUCCUGCUCCUGUGAUGACAGCUCAUGGGUUAAGACAGCUCUCUGGAACUGAUGAAAGGGCCCAGAAGGGUGAAAAGGGAGACGAGGGUAAGAUAGGAGCUCAAGGACCACCAGGCUUAAAGGGAAGCAUAGGACCACCGGGACUGAAGGGAGAUCAAGGACCGGAGGGAAAACAAGGUUUAGCUGGAUCCAUUGGGCUCCCUGGACUCCCAGGCGAUUCUGGCUUACCAGGGGAGCCAGGGGUGCCUGGGAGAGAUGGCCUAAAAGGGGAAAAGGGAGACUCUGGUGGAGUGAUUGGGCCACAGGGGCCUCCUGGUCCUAAGGGGGAGCCUGGAGAACCCGGUGGUGGAUAUAUGAGUGAUGGGCUGUCUCUGAGUAGAGGGUCUCGCGGUCCUAAGGGUGAAAGAGGUGUGCCUGGACUGCAUGGAGACCACGGAGAAAAGGGAGAACCUGGCGAGAGUAUUAUUGGCCCUGUGGGACCUCCAGGCAAGCCUGGAGCUGAGGGUCCUCGUGGACCUUCAGGUUUAUCUGGCCCUCCUGGAGCUCCAGGAAGAGAGGGCUCCCCUGGUAGACCAGGUCCGCCAGGCCCUGCUGGACCCCCGGGUGAACCAACUGCUCUACCUAUCGUUGGAGACAUGGGUGCUUUACUUAAGAACGCCUGCAGUCUUUGCCAGAUGGGAGUUCCUAGGCUGCCUGGGCAGAAGGGAGAGAAGGGCUCCCCCGGAGUGCAAGGAGUGGAAGGCUUGGUGGGAGAAAAGGGGGAUCCAGGUGUAAGAGGUCCGAUGGGUAAUCCAGGAAAGGAAGGCCCAAAGGGUGUAAAGGGAGAGAGAGGGUUCCCAGGUCCCACUGGAGAUAAGGGUGACGAGGGGCCUCCAGGAGCUUCAGGACUUCCUGGUGUGGCGGGUCGAACAGGAGCCCCAGGACCUGUUGGUAGACUUGGUCCAAUGGGCCUACAAGGAUCAAAAGGAGAAAAGGGAAAUGAAGGAUCUCCAGGCAGACAAGGACUUCCAGGACCUCCAGGUGUGCCGUAUGUGGAGGGAAACGGGAUGAGCAGUCUGUACAAACUGCAGAGUGGUGGAGCUAUUUUAGGACCUCCUGGAUUGCCUGGUGCUCCGGGUCCAGAAGGAGAUGAAGGACCUGUCGGGGAACCAGGACCCAUGGGUUUACCCGGGCUCGAAGGGCUUCCUGGUGCCAAGGGUGAUACUGGUCUGCCUGGCCCUCCCGGGAUAUCAGGUCCUCCAGGGAAGCCCGGCACUCGCGGAGAGCCAGGGAUCCCAGGAGAGCCGGGUGAGAGGGGGCCUAUUGGAGAAACCGGAUUCCCUGGACCCGAGGGACCCCAAGGUGUUCCUGGCAGGCCAGGAAAAGAUGGAACUCCUGGAUAUAAGGGCUCCACAGGUGCAACAGGUGACAGAGGAUCCAAAGGUGAACGUGGUGAUCCAGGCAUUCCUGGAGAAAGGGGUGUUCAAGGCGAGAGGGGUCGCAUAGGAGAACCUGGCCUGGUUGGACCGAUGGGACCACAAGGUGAAAAAGGAGAUCCUGGCCCCCCAGGACAAUUAGGAAGUGUAAAACUUCUGGAUGAUCCCAGCUUUACAGAGGAACUCAAAAUCUUUAUCCAAAGUGAAGUGAUGAGGAUUUUUGAAGAGAAAGUGUCUGAUGCUGCCAUUCGACAGAAGACACCUGCUGGCAUCUUAGCUUCACCCUUCCAAGGACCUCCGGGACCCCCUGGCAAAGAUGGAUCACCAGGUUCACCAGGAGAGCCUGGGCCACCUGGCCCUCAAGGAUACAGAGGUCAGAAAGGAGAACGUGGUCAGCUGGGGCUGGGGUUACCAGGAGAUCCGGGACCCACUGGGCCACCAGGCCCACCUGGGAUCCCUUCACAAGGCUCUCGUGGCUCUCCAGGGCCCCCUGGACCUCCUGGGACAUGUGACCCGAUUGAUUGUAUUCUUCCUACCUUGUAAGCAGAGAGUGGAGUGUCAUGUGGUAUGGUAUCCAUGAUCUCCUGGCUGCACCCACAGAGCAAAAAAAGAAUGACCUCACUGUGUCUGACAGCUUCUACAGCUCUGCUUUAUCGACCCAACUCAAAACUGACCUCUUUUGUUCAAUUCACAAUAACGUUUUGGGUGCUGUGGGUUUUGUUCUUUUUUUCUAGGAUUGCUGUUGUGUUUUGUUUUGAAUGCAGCUGAAAACCUUUUGCAGUGCUAUACUUUGAAGUAUUUUCAUUGUUUUUCCAACUCCUACUGUGAUGCAAUGCAUUCCUUAUCGACUCAACCUGUCUUUCAAAACAUUGAGAAAACUUUGUUUCAUCAGGUACAGCCUUGUCUGAAUAACCUUAGUAAUUAUUUGUUUGCCUCUUUAACGGGCUCGCCGAUGCACUCUUCUGUUCUUAUUCAGAUAAGCUGGCUGUAGGUACAUCUCAUGUUUAGCUGUGUGUUUAUGGGAUAGAGAGAGAGAGAGAAACAGAAUGAGCAAGAGAGAGAGAGAAAUUACCGUACUUAUUUUUCAUGCAGUUGUAGGUAAAAUGACUUCCUCUGCAACCAAAGUGCAGCCAGUGCGUCUGAUGUGGAAAUUAUUUAUUUUAAGUGUGCUCCUUAGGAAUGUAUUCAAAAGACAAUACUAGUCAGUUAUGAAUGUAACAUUGAGAACUGUAAUUUUAUGUGGUAAUUAAAUUAUAAGGACAUUAGGUUGUACAUGUUUAGUUGCUGAGACGUUCUAAUGUUUCUGUUUCCUUCAAUUGAUGAUGUUAGACAUUUGCGUUGUUUGAAAUUCAGCUUUUUUAAAGAAUCUGUGGUAAUACUAUAGCUGAAGACGUCUUCCCUUUACCUGUAAGUCAGGUGUCAGUACUGAGCACUUAUUAGAUUGCCAAAGCAUUUUUUUAAACCCACAAGCAACCUGUCUGGUACUGUUUUUAAUAUGGGGAAUGAAUUAGGGGCAGAUUCAUUUAUUUACACUAAAUAGUUGGAUUUUGUUUUUUAACUGGGUACUGUAAAAACAUUGUCAGGGAUAGUUCCCUUUACCAGUGGUAGGAAGAUGUCAUAUCUUCAUGAGUUAGUUGAAAAAUAAAUAAAUCCUUAGAGUGCUUAAGGCUAGCAGCUAAGUCCCGUAAUAGUUAAGACCUCCACACACUAACAACAACAACAGAUUUUUUUGGUAUAAAAAAAUUUAGAUUUUUUUAAAAUGAUUUCCAAAUUGUAAAAACUCUUUGUGAUGUAGUCGCGUAGACUGGUAGUAGAUUUCCUCAUAUAACACAACUGAAAAUAUUUGUAUUCAUGGGAUACAAUCCUAAAUUAGUGGAUAAUGUUUACACUUUCUCAAGAAAAAAUUGUUAAGUUUGUCGCUGUUUUCUCAGCCAAACAGCUUUCAUGUAAUUAUGCUAACAUUACAUUAGCAAAGGUUGCUGGCUGUAUCAAUUCAACCGAUCAGCUGAUGAUGUCAGUAUAUUUUCCAAAGAACUGUGAGACCUGGAAAUACCACAGGAACUUACUGUCAUCAACGCUGUUGCACAAUUCCCAGUGUGACACAAAAUCCAAAGCUUUGCUCCACUAUUGGUUGACUUAGAGUGGACUGACAAGUCAGAGAUGAUCAUGUGAUUGAAUACAGCCUGCAGCAAAUCAACAUAAUUGUAGCGCACCAAAACUGAACUUGUUUGGCUAAGAAAAGGGCAACGAAGUUAACAUGUUAGGUGGCUAAGUUAGAGUUAGAGUUUUUUAAUUAGAAGAAAUCAACUAAAAUGGCUGGUCCGUCGGACUAGCACUUAGCCUUCAGCCACUCUGAGGUUUCCUUUACCUAUCUACAAACACUGUAGGAUGACAUCUUUCGAAUAAAUCCCAACUAUACCUUUAAGGGCAGGGAUUGUUUUCCACAAUAAAAGAAUGUACUUUAAAAUAAUGUAAUUUUUCAAUGAAUGUAAUGUAACUCCUCAUUUACCUUAACUUUUUAUCUGUAAAUAAUUUUGUUUUGCCUUUUUUCACUUUUUUCUUCUACGUCUAAUGGGGCUUGAAAAGGGACCUGACAAUAUAACUUUACAAGCUGGCUGUCACUGUAACGACACUUCAAGGUUAUCACUUGUCAAUCAUACAUUGCUGAAAAUUUAAAGAAAUGUGUUGCGUCUGAGAUUAUUAGCAACGUGUGCUGUUUACAUAUAGUGUCAUGAAUGAUGAUUCCUCUGAUUUAUAUAUUUUUAAACUUCGUCAUCACAAAGGAAAUUGGACUACCACACCACAGCAAAGAGACGUUUUUAUUUCAGUUUGGAUGAAAUGUUUUACUCGUCAAUCUACUUGAACCAUCUUAGCUGCUUCAUACUCUACAUCCAGGUUUUCCAGUUACUAACCAGCACUGUGUAUCACUAUGAAUUGUCUAGCUUUUGGCUGCUCUGAGACUGCUGUUUUGCUUUAUUUAUUGAUUUUAAGUCUUUUUUCUGAUUUUUUUUUUUCAUGUUUUUGAGUUGAUUGUACCUGAACAGGCCUCAUUAAUUUCUAGAAACUCCUUUAAACAUCUGCAAACACUUCCUCUGAUUUCCUUCCUCUUGAUCUCAAUUUACUUACUAUUAGCAAAGAUUUAAGUUGCUAACUUACUUCUUCUACAUAAAAAAAUAUUUUGCCUCUAAAAAUCCUGUUAGUCAACAUAUAACAGUAAACAAACAAGUAAGUAGUAACUGGAGCGUGUUGAAUGUAUAUAUUUAAUAUAAAGCUUCCAUUUCAGCUGUGUUUAAGUAGAGGUUUGAGCUGAAAACUUGAAGUCUUUUUUUUUUUUUGGCUUUAAUUAAUUUUUAAAAGGUUUGUAAUUUGUUCUGUGUUUUAUCCUAAAUGAGAUCUUUUUGAUUCAUUUCCUCCCUUUAGUUCUUUCUUGUCUCAGAUCAUAGGCAUUAUGUUUUUCUUACAAUUUCAUAUAACUCAAAUGCUGCAGAACAAUUAUUUUUUCAUGAUGCCAGGCUGGUUUUAUCAGUAUAAGAGAGUCUAAUUUUAGAAAUAAAUGCAUGUAGCUGACUUUAUUUGUGAGUAGAUGGAACCCCCUGCUGGACAUGUUUGGAUUUCCACCCUCCUUUUAAUCUUUAUGGGGAAACCAUCUUUGGUUUUUUAGGCACUUAAAUUACCCUCCCUUCUACCUUUCCUUGUCUUUUCAUCUUUGUAAUUUUCUUAUUAAUUUAUGGGCUCUCACCAGUGACAAUUAUGCUGAUCUUGAUGAGAUUCAAAUGAGACAGCACCAGCAGAUUAAUGUCAUCUAAACUUUUUUUUCCCGUGUACUGCUGAGAGCAACUCCAACUGCCUAUUGAAUUUAGCAUGAAUUGUUAUUAAUACGCACCAAUUUGCUACUUCCAUUUACCCAAACAGUGUGAUAAGAAGGGAGGACGUUAAUGUCACAGCUCACUUCGCUCCAAAUUCAAGUUAUUAUACAUCAUAGCAAGUUAAGCUCAAUUUAUUUUAAGUGGAAAACAUCUGAUGAAGGCAAAAUCCAAUGGGGCAGCUUCCUUUGAGAAUAUAUCUAAACAAAAGCUUGUUAAAUAAUGUAAAAUUCUCUCCAGACAAUGAACGUCACAUGUCCACAUAUUUCAUUAUUGCUUGUGUCUCACAGUAAUGUACGGUGAUCCAGUUGCCACGUCUAAUCUAAUCUUGUGUGCGAGCUUGUAAUGAGGGGAAAUAUGGAUCAGCCUCGCAGCAAGGACCCUCAAGAUUAAAAACGCCUGCCUACUGCUUUCACUGAAACGUCUUUUUGCUCCUACAUAAACUCGUGUCAUGCUGGGUGACUUUAACCUUUCUGUUUGGUUGAAUAACUACCUCAUUCUUGGUUAACCGCAUGUCUACAUGAUCAGGAAAAAAUAGCUGAAUUAUUGCUUUGGAAAAAAGGGAAAAAAAACUCACGUGUUUAUGCAAGAAACUUAUUGCAGUUAUUUAAGCUCCCCGACUAACAAAAAAAAGUUGUUGUGGUUACCAGGUAUCAAAGGUUGUGUUACUUUUUACUUUACAGAAUCUUUUAUUUGAACCUAUUAAUGUCAUCUGCCUUUCUGUGUGCAAUAAAUGUUCUCAAUUGCUUUA